AUGACAGGCGGUCAGCCUACAACUCUGCUCGAUCUCCCCGUCGACGUCAUCGCGCUCAUCUUGACACCUCUGCUGAAGAUCGACGCGCCCAUCGAGCUGUGUCCCUGCCCGGACCACGGAGACCUGAACGCGCGGCUGGAGACGGCGCGGCUGGUCCUGCUCGUGCAUCCGCAGCUGCACGCCAUAGCCUGCCCGAUGCUGUACAGCCUCAACACGUUCAAGCUGGCCAUCGUGUCCGGACGGCACGGCGCGCUCCAGAGCAAGAUGUUGCAGGCGCACUGCCACGAAGAAGCUACCACACUCGGCGAGGCGUGGACGGGUUUACGUGAUGGCGCUGCGGCGGACGGCGCGUUAGCCGCGGAGCAGGAGCGGCAGCGCGAGAUGGGCAAGCUGCGGCUGUUCGUGACGCCCUCGGCGCGGCGAAGAGUGCGUAAUUUCGUGCUGGAGGUGGGACGCCACCGCGGAUGGAUCGACCGAGCCGUCACCCCGGUGCUCUCCGACAUGAUCCUCGCCGGGAGCCUUGCUUCGCUGAGCAUCACGCUGCUGUAUCAAGCAUCCGAGACCAGGCUGGGAGGCAACCAACUGUUAAGCCGAGAUGCGGCCAUGUUUACGAGGCCGCCGCUGAAAGGCUUCUUCCAGGCGUUGGCGGAUCCGGACCUCGAGUCGUCGCGACUCCUCUUGACGGGAGGGCACCCACCUGCUUGGUGCAAGUACCACAAGAAGGGGUUGCGGAGUGAUAGGCGGGGGGCAAAAUGCCCUCCUGUCGCUGAGGUUGACUGGCGAGCUAUUGUGCGAGAGGUGUUGGAUCCUGAGGGAGUCAACACGGCAGCGCGACACUCAGAGGCAGCCCCCACCCCUCAUCUUGGCCGGAUCUGA